UAUGUGCAAUAUUUUCGUUACUACUGUAAACAAUAUGGCGGAUGAACAAGUGCUCUGCUGAUUGGCAAAACAAGGAGAAAAUGGCCCUUAUGAAAAGAAGAGAUAUGGCUAUCCGGCCAUUUCAUAGUGCAGAUGCUAGAAAUACAUCAUUUAAAUUACCAAAGUUAGAGAAACCACCAGCAAUUGAUUAUGACAAGCUGAGAGAACUCUGUAGUAUAGAUGGACUCAAAGAUGUUCAGAAUGGCGUCUCACAGACAUCAGAUGAGGCACAUGAAACAUUUAUGCAGAGUUACAAAUCAGUUUUUGUGCAGAAACCAAAGAAAUUAGGAUUUCCUAUACACUCUGAACAAAGGGAGCAGCUAAAAUCUUCUAUGCUCAGCAUAACCCAUAAUGCAACAGGUAAAACAAUGGAGAGUGACAAGAAGAAAGUGAAGAAGGAAUGGCCGAUAGAUAAAAUAACACAUGACAUAAGAGAUUACAUGCCACUUCUACAUAAACAAAGAAAAACCAAAAAUCCUGCUUUAAUCAGGGAACAAAACAUUAAAACUUUACGUAGACUAAGUAGAAAACUGCCAUUUCAAAGAACUGCCUCAGACAAUGAUGAAAUCUUCAACAUUUUACGAACAAUUUCAUUCUUCAAAGAAAAUGUUCCUGAACAUAUAUUAAAGGAAUUGUGCGUAGUUGCUGUACAUGAAACAUGGAAAGAUCCAGAAUUUACUAUUUUUGGAAAUACAGGGUUACAUUUGGUAUUAAACGGGAUUGUUAACCCAGUAACAAAACCAUGGCUUAAUGAAGAUGACGGCCAAAGUCUCCGUACUCCUACUCCAUUAAGUGACUUAUCAACCACAGAGAUAAAAGUUGGUCAAUGUUUUGGAACACUUCGUAAAGUAGAUGGAAGAGGGGCUAGCUCAAAGGUUUACAGUGUGGUAACAGCAGACAAUAAUUGUGAAUUUCUCAAAAUUCCUUCUGCAGAUUAUGCUAGAGUAAUAGAGCAAAUAAAACAGAGAGAACAUACAGAGAAGGUAAACUUGUUGUUAUCAUGUGGUCAGUAUAAACUAUGGCCAAGACAACCACUACUUCAAGUGGCAGAACUUAUUGAAUGGAUUAGCUACCCACCUAAUACAGUACUGGCCAGUGAGGAAUACAAGGCCCCUUAUGUUGCCAUAGUGAAGUCAGGGGAGGCAAUUAUUAUGAAACAAAUCCUUGUUGUCAUGUAUGUGCCUGGUGGCAAAAAGGAGAAAAGAACAAAACAAGUUGUAAUGGGAAGAUUGGGAGCAUCAGAAUCAUUUGCUGAACUCUCAGUUCUACUAAAUGAACAGAUCACAUGUUCUGUUGUCACGGCAACAGAAAUGACACUUGGUGUUAUAAGACCUGAAAAAAUCAAAGAUUUAGAUGAGGUGACUAUUCAACUUUUCAAACAGUCAAAUAACAGAACAUUUGGUGACCUUACAAAGGAUGAUAUACAAGAAGAGUAUAUGCAGCAGGAACUCAAGAGAGAGUGGAAUGAGUUUAAACAUGGUGUUCUAUUGGACGUUAUAAACUCACGAGGAAUUAGACCUGGUUAUGGGAAGUGGUCAAAAUGAAACGGAACAUGCCCAAAAAUAUAUAUAAAAUAUAUGUCGGAGUACAAAAUGAAAACAGCAACAAAUGAAAGUCAUUAAUUAUACAGGGUUCAAUUUUAUAUUAACUUACCUUUGCUACUCAGGCAUGUUCAUGUAUGUCAUUAAUGCACAGAGCUGUGAGAUUUUAUCCUUUGAGAGUGUCACUAUGACAAUGACAGCAACCUGUGAUUUAAUUACACACCUAGAGGAUGAACCAUUUAUA